GCAAUAGCGGACCAGGCAAGGGAAUGAAUAACAAGUGCCACCUUCCGUCCAUCUUCCAUCCCAAUCGUCCUCCAAAGGCCCUAUCACGACAUGGAGCGAGCACAAGUUCCAAGUGCAUCCGAGGAUCCUUCAGGGAAGCGAAAACAAUCUGUGGACCUAUCGGCUACCAACUAUCAGAGCCAUGGAGACACAUCCAACACACGUGACGAAACAGUGCGUCAAGAAUCGAGUAGCCUUUGUUCCAGAUGUUCGUCCAUUGAUGUCGAGAGCCUUUUCGUCGAUCUGGAGACACAAUACAUGAAGCAAAUGAUGACUCUCGGAGAACUCGGGGUAGAAGCUGAGCUGUCGUCAUGCUCACUAUGUCGCCUUUUCCAUGCGGUGAGGAUACAAGGCAGCCCUCUAAUCAAGAACCACGCUCUCAUCAAGAACUACGCUCUAUACUGUAUAUUUCCUCCUAAUCCCUACCACACUAAGGAUGGAACAGUUCUAGCUGUGGCCCGAGACAAGUUUGAACUCGGUCCCAAGUAUGAGUUUGCUUUGAUAAUGUCAACGCAAGAGGAAGGAGCGUCUUGCGGCUUCAUUGCAUGUUCAAGCGCGUCAAGAACAGCUCCUCACGUGAAUUCACUGCGAGCGCAAUCUAUCGAUGCAAUCUCGAUCGACUUCGACAUUAUUCGAGGUUGGAUACAGCGUUGUGGUCGAGAGCACACAGGCUGGAGGCAGUGCACUCAAGUAGAAUCAUCAGCUUUGAGUCCGAAAGAGCUGAAGUUGAUCGACUGCGAACAGCGACGAAUCGUGCCAGCAUUGCCAACGUACGAUUAUUCUGCACUCAGCUAUGUGUGGGGUACUAGCAGAUCUGGCGAUGAUCGGUGUGUCCAUAACGAACUUCCCACGACCCUGCCACGCACUAUCGAAGAUGCCUUGAAGGCCAGCAAACUGCUAGGUCUUCGAUAUAUUUGGAUCGACAGAUACUGCAUCGACCAAGACAACGAUGUUGAGAAACAAAUCCAGAUACAGCAAAUGGACCUCAUAUAUCAAAAUGCGUUCGUGACUAUAGUCGCUGCAGCAGGCACUGAUCCAUAUUUCGGCUUACCUGGCGUUGGCGCUACCCCGAGAACUCCCCAACCAAGUGCCUGGGUUGGAGGACAAUGCCUUGUAUCCACUCUUCCAGACCUGCAGACGCUUAUCAAGGCUUCUAGAUGGUGGCAUCGAGCAUGGACGUAUCAAGAGAGCUUUUUCUCCACCCGACGUAUCGUUUUUACAGAGCAACAAGUCUACUAUGAGUGUCGAGCUGGUCUUGCUUUCGAGAUAAUCAAAGGCCUCAGCGACAAGCGAAGAGGAAUUUUCGACAAUCAGAACGACUACGAAGAGUAUAGUCCCUGGAAGAUCUGCUCUCGUCUGACUGAUUUCUGUGGGAGAGAGCUAUCUGUCGGCUCUGAUGCAAUACGCGCAUUUGAAGGGGUGUUCCAUAGCUUCAGGAAAAUGAAGCAUCCCGUCUUUCAAUACUUGGGUAUUCCCAUCGUACAAUCAAACCCUGGACGGUUGGAGGAUGAAUAUGGUAACCUGUCAAAAUGUGGUAAGGCCGAGGCCUUUGCUGCCGGACUCUCUUGGUGCAAUAAAGCAUCAGGUACCAGGCGUUCCCUAUUCCCUACGUGGAGUUGGGCCGAAUGGACUGUCCCAAUCAAUUACGAAACCAGACCAUGUGAGACAGGACUCAAACUCGAAAAUGAAAUGCCAUUGAAGAUUUUCAUAGAAAACCAUGAUGGAUCACUUUCAGACAUGGAUGAGCAAAGCGACGUCUCUUUAGACAUGGGCAUACCUGGUUCCUCCAGCAGAUUCAUUCACAUUGAAGCCUGGACAAUACCUAUCGACAUCCAGUACCUUUCUGACGAGAUGGGCGGCUGGAUUCAUUCCGAUGAAGCACAUCAAUGUGAUGGGAAUUACUCCGGGUAUUUUGCUGCAUUCCAAGACGACGAGAGAACUCUUUGGAUUCCGCUGUUUUCGUUGUAUCAGCAGUACGACAAGGAUUCUGCUACACAGCAAAGCUACGCGCCAGACUUUCAACAAGGUAGUUUGUUAGGUAUCGUGUUAGGCAGAUGCGAAAUCCUCUCAUCUGAUGAUAUCGAUGAUGAGAUCUUUGUCAUGAUCGUUCAUGAGAAAGAGCAUCAUUACGAACGAGUUGGACAUAUGGUGAUACAGUAUGAAUCCUACCACUCACUCGCAAACGAGGGUUACUUUGCUUCUGUAAGAUCUUGGCCGCUUUGUUUUCGCUUGAGGAAAAGAAGGACUAUUCGUUUGGGUUGACUACAGCUUACUCGAUCGUGUCUAGUGGAAUUACAGUAUGCUAGAUGUUAGAAGUUCUUUGAAGACACAGUUAACGCGUCUUAUUACACACAUCGCCGAAGUAAAUCAUGGAAUAGAACACACUCUCAUGAAAUUCCUAGUCUUAUAAAUCUGUUCAAUCCGCACAAGUAAUUAAGUCUAACACGUUAGUUAUAAUUUAACCUACUGAUUAAGAUCUCAAGCACUACAAUCAAGACUCCGACUUCUCUUAUCUACACCAUCGCCGCCGGAGUUUCGAUGUUGCUACUCAAGCACCA